AUGGAACAGCAAGAAGAGAAUAUGGUUUUUGCGGGGGAGUUUGAAAUGAAAUGGCAAGACGACUCAUUAGUAUGGGAUCCGCAAAAUUAUCAGGGAUUACGGUAUAUUCACCCAUACGAGAAUACGAUAUGGCGGCCAGAAGUCACUGUGUAUAAUAGUGUUGGCCAAGACUCUGUGAUAGAAGAUGAUCGACGUCUAAUCACCUUGAACAACGAGGGUGUGGUUCAAACGUCAAAUCUGGCAAUCUAUACGGUUCGAUGCAAGCUAGAUAUUUCCAAAUUUCCAUUCGACCAUCAACACUGCAAAGUCAAAUUUUCAUCCUGGGUCUACACUGAAGAUGAGCUAACAAUCAGUGCUCCAACGGAUACUUUUGAUCUAACAAGCGGAGUGUACCAAGGAAACAGCGAAUGGGAAGUCACAUCUAUCAUCGUCGAAGCCGUUACCACAACCGAUCAAGAUAACAAAAACUUCAGGGAACUACAUUACUCCAUCGAGAUAAAACGCCAUUCUGCUUAUUAUGUUUACGUUUUAUUUCUGCCGACAUUCAUAACGGCAGCACUUUGUCUGAUUGGUUUGUUCACACCGUUCAAUAACGCUGGAGAUCGUUGUGAAAGGACUACCUUGGGGCUGACCACUCUUUUAUCACUAGCCGUUAUUCUCAACAUUAUUGGUGAUGGCAUGCCAAAAUCUUCGACUUUGCCUCAGCUUGCAAAAUACGUCUUGGCCGAAAUUCUACUCUGCUGCGCCGGCGUACUAGUAACUGUCAUCCUACUGGUAGCACAUCAACGUAUUCUCACACGACAAUUCCUACCACCAGCUCGCACAUUCAAAGAGAAAUGGGAUGGAAGCAAGGCAAGAAACUUUUCACUAUUUCUUCUUCAAAAGAAGAAUAUUACCUUAUUUAGCCAAACAAGCUAG